AUGACCAAAUCCAAAUUCCCAGAUCACAUCUCGGACCGCGUCUUCGACCUCUGCAACUCCUUUGAAACAGUCUCUUCUCUCCUCGCCAAAGAUCCCAGUCUUUCUCCCCACGAUGCCUGGAACAAACUUUUCGGCCGGCAUGCCUUGAAGAAGAGACAUCUAGGGGGGAACUCAUCGGAGGAGGAGGAGGAGGAGGAGGAGGAAAACGAGGAAGAGUACAGGUACAGUAUCAGCGGUAGUGAGGAAAAGGAGCACUUGAACAAUCCCGGUGGUCAUCAGGGUUCAACCGCCUCCGCUUACUACUACAAUUCACCACCUACACCACCUCACUCGCCUACUUCGGCCCAUGAACAUCUCGAUCGGGCAGCGAAGUGUGGGAAGUGGGGAGGGAAGAGGCCGAGUGGUUUGUUUUUGCAGAUAUAUCAUGAUGCUCUUUGCACACUUGACGAUGAUCCCCUUAGGGGUAUGGUCAGUCCGCCGCUGUUGGGUACAUGCGGUACCGUUCCGUUGACGAUAAUUUCCGUCAUUCCUGACAUAGCCCGCCACAUGGCCAACCUGAUCUACCGCGCCGAACAUGAAAUCUUCCUAGCGACAAACUACUGGCAAUCUAGCGUGGCCUCAACUUACCUGACCAUCGCCAUCAGGGACCUCAAUAAGCGUCUUGCCGCCGAAUUCGAAGCAUCCUUCUCCUCGAGCUCUCCACCACGAAGAAAGAAAAUAGUGCUCAAAAUCCUCUAUGACCGGGGCACCCCCAAACAGUUCCUCUCCCGACACCAGAUCGUUGCCCCAGAUACCUAUACCAACGCCUCCACCAUCGGCCUUCCGCAUCCGGACGAGAUCCCCUUCAUCGACAUGCAGGUAAUGAAUUUCCACACGCCCAUCAUGGGCACGUUCCAUGCCAAAUACAUGGUUGUGGACCGACGUGUGGCAAUACUACAAAGCAAUAAUAUCCAGGACAAUGAUAAUCUAGAGAUGGCUACGCAUUUGGAGGGACCCGUGGUGGAUUCGCUUUGGGAUAUGGCGAUGAUCAGUUGGCACAAACACUUGGAGCCUACGAUGCCGUGUUUGAAUUCGCCGGCUACGGAUUCAUGUAAUCAAGUGAGUGGGGAGAGGACGGAAAUGAUGGGUGUGCUUGGUCUUUCAACACAAGCGGGAGUAAGCAGAAACAGUCUGGCUGUAACCGAGGAACCACCUACCACAGGGACGACUACGCAACCGACGGUUACUCCUAACGUUCCACAGCAUACGAUUGAAGAGCCUCACUACGAUACCUCCCUCCCCGCGGAAGUCACCCGUAUCCAAGCCUCGAUGGCACCGAAAUUCGAUCCGGAUAAUAAUGUUAUCGAAACGCACCUCCAAGCUGUCACACGUCUCCUCAACCACACUCGAAAUCCAAACUUCACCGCCGACCCGCUUGCACCUGAUCCAGUCAACAAUUCAGACAACAAAAUGACCCCUUACCGAUUUCUUCCUCGCCACCAAACCUCCUUUCAAGAAAAAGGACAACAAAAUCCCGAGCUCGUUCCCAUGGCCCUAGUCAACCGCGCCCCCUACGGACCGCCCAACCACUCCUCCGUUUCGAACCCGCAGAAUGCCGCCUGGCUCUCGGCCCUCCGCAACGCCACCCACUCCGUCUUCAUCCAGACCCCGACGCUGAACGCUGCUCCCUUGCUACCCGCCAUUAUCCAUGCCUGCAACCGCGGCGUCCAAGUCAUUUGUUACGUAUGUCUGGGGUACAACGAUGCGGGCGAACUGCUUCCCCACCAGAACGGCCACAACGAAAUGAUUGCGCACCGGCUGUACUCAUCCUUGUCUCCCGAGACCAAAAAUAAUCUGCAUUACUACUGGUACGUGGGAAAAGACCAGACCAAACCAUUGGUGCAGUCUAAGGGUUUGAGGAGCUGUCAUAUCAAGUUGAUGGUUGUGGAUGGGCGCGUGGGGAUCAUGGGGAAUGGCAACCAGGACACGCAGAGCUGGUUUCAUAGCCAGGAAAUCAAUGUGAUGAUUGAUAGCGAGGAGGUUUGCGGGACGUGGAUGGAGGGGGUUAGAAGGAACCAGAACACGGCGAUCUAUGGGGCGUUGGAUAAGGAGAAAGGAAUGUGGCUAGAUGCGGAGGGGAAAGAGGCGGAUGGGGUCAUUGGUGUUGACCCCGGUGGGAGGAUGAAGAGGUGGGCCAAGGGGGCGGUGGGCGCGGUGAAGAGGGUUCAGGGGACUGGAGGGUUUUAA